AACACUCGUAUUUUCUUGUCCAACAGGCUGUUGUAUCUCGUAAGGUAUCGUCCAAAUGGUUAAAAAAUUAUGAAAAUCCUAAAGGUCACUGGGUAAUGACUUAUAUAGAAGAUGAGGAGCUGAUAGAUGGCCUCUACAACUUCUUGGAUGAAGUGCUGUCAAGAGCUGUAGGCACUUUUGAGAGGAUUGACAGAGUUGGCAUCAUUCUGGAUGUGCUGAUGCCAGAGGCUCUUAUUAAAGCUGUACAAACAGUUGAGAGGAUUUCUCUGCCAGAGGCAGAAAAUCUGUUCAUGGAUGGACCAGCAGACAGUGAGUGGUACGUCAUGUGGAAAAUAAACAGUCCUUUCUUUUUCUUUUCAGCACCAUUAUUCUGUUAAACAGAAUACCCUAUAGUUGUUGUGAAUUUAGACAAGAAUAUAAAAUAAAUAUAUAUAAAUGUGAAUAUAUAUGUUUAAAGUGAC